GUAAGUGUUACAAUACCCGUCAUAUACAUAUUUAUGUUGGAUUGACAUGGGGUUAGGUUUGUUUGCAUUCACAAAACCAAAAUCUAAGAACACAAAAACAAAAAUGGACUUUUGCACCCCAAUCACUCCCUCCUCCUACAUUUUCUUCUCAUUGUUUGUUUGGUUUCUCCUAUCAAAUCAUCUGAAGCAAGUAACCACGGAUCAGUCAAUCAAACUUUUCGAUCGGAUAACGAAUUUCAUAGGUUGAAGAUGAAGAAGAUGAUAGCAACCCGUCUUCAACAGCUCAAUAAGCCUGCUGUUAAGACAAUUCAGAGUCCCGAUGGUGAUAUCAUAGACUGUGUUUUGACUCAUAAACAACCGGCUUUCGAUCAUCCUUUAUUGAAAGGAACAAAACCAUUGGAUCCUCCAAAAAGACCAAGAGCGGAUAAUCAAAUAGAUAAUAUGAGUGACAUAUUUCAAUUGUGGAGCUUGUCUGGUGAAUCAUGCCCUGAAGGAACAAUUCCAAUUAGAAGAGUAACAGAACAAGACUUGUUAAGAGCUAACUCUAUUAGCAAAUUUGGAAGUAAACUUGUUGAUGGCGUCUAUCGAGAAGUAUGCAAUCGCACAAACUCUACACAGUAUGCAUAUGGGUCUGUGAAUGGGGAUGGAUACACAGGAGCAAAGGCUAACCUAAACGUAUGGAGCCCCAAAACAGAAAAUAAAGAUGAAUACAGUUUGGCUAAAAUAUCUCUUUCCUCUCAAUCUGGAGAAACUGUUGAAGUUGGUUGGCAGGUCUACGAGAAUCUCUAUAAGGAUCGCCUCUCAAGAUUGUUUAUUUAUUGGACGGCGGAUAAAGAUGGCAAAACUGGGUGCUAUAAUUUAUUAUGCUCAGGUUUUAUUCAAACCAACAGGAAAAUUGUGAUUGGAGGUACACUUACUGCGUCAGCGAUCAAUCGUAAUCAGUUUGAUGUUGCCCUAAAGAUCUGGAAGUCUCUAAAAUUAUUUACUUUUUUUUUUUCUUUUUGUGUGAAGGAUCCAUUUGUUGCAAAUUGGUGGCUUGAAUAUGGAUCUGGAAAUGUAGUUGGUUAUUGGCCAAGCCGUUUGUUCAACGAAUUAAAGGGUGAAGCAUAUUUUGCUCAAUUUGGUGGAGAAGUACUGAAUUUAAUGAGAUCAGGGUCUCAUACUACUACCCAAAUGGGUAGUGGAAAUUUUCAAUCACUGGGUUAUAGAAAAUCUGCAUAUAUUAGGAAUAUGCAAGUUUCAGUUAAUGUUAAAAACACAUGGAUUGAUCUGCCAGAUCCCAAUUAUGCAGCGCUGAGACCAAAAUGUUAUAGUAUAAGAGGAGCUUAUAGUAAAAAGUGGGGGAAUUACUUGUACUAUGGUGGACCUGGUCAUAAUGAUAAUUGUCCUUUAUGAUGGA